AUGGCGGACGACACCUUCCUUCCCCGCAUCCAGUCUGUCUUCUACGCCGUAUUCGAUGUGCGCCAGGGCCCAAAGAUCGUCUAUCAAGUUCCCGAGGGCCUGAUCGCAACGGCACCUGGCCCAACAUCCGCAUCAAGUUCGAACUCUGGCUCAUACGCAUCUUCGCCUGUCCCAACAGCGCCACAUUCCGAAGUCAGCUCGCGCGCUUCGAGCAUCUCUGUCGCCGUCGUCUCUCCUACAACACCUUCUAUCCCUUCUCGACCGGACUCGCGCUUCAAGUUCUCUCCUCGGCGCGCUCCUUCGGCUUCACUGGGCAGGACGCUAUUCAACUUUGACGACAUCAGCAAGUAUAUUAUACCUGCCAGUCCACUCUGCGGGAGACUUGUGAUAUGCAAUGUGAAGCAGAGUAAGAUCAUUGGCUUCCCGUCUGAGCUGAGCGGCAACUACGAGCGCAACUACUUUCGAUUCAACGUUUGCUUCGUAUUCGAUCGAGCCGCCGACUUGAGCUGCUAUGAGCCCAUCGUACGCAAAGUCUCACGCGUGCUGGCUACCUGUGAGAACGAAUCGAGCUUUCUCUCCAACCCGGAAACAUCACCAAACGUCUACGCCGUCCUAGAGCAACUCUACGAAGACCUGAACAGCUACGCCGAGACCUCCAUUCCAAUCGACGACUUCAACAGCAUCGAGCUCAAGCUCUUCCCUUUCUUCCCCAACCCGCCCCCCGUCACAGAUUGGAUGGUCCCGCUUGCACUAAUCGACCUCAACCGCGUCGUCGAACCCAAUUGGGAUUUGACAAUGGUCAAAGUGUGCAGCUUCAUCGACGGCACAAACCACGUCAGCCGGAUCGCGCAUCUCGCGCAUUGCGAUGUCGACCUUACGCGGCAGGCGAUCGCGCAUUUACUAUACUACCAAGUGAUAAUGACAAUCGAUAUAUUCCAAUACUCGAACAUGUACACCUUGCGAAAGAGCGUGCAAUGGCUCGCCGAUGAAUCCCACGUCAAAGACGAGUGCGGUGCAUAUGUCGUCAGAGAGGGUCGCGCAAUUCCUGAUUGGCCAAAGCUCUUGCAUCUGUAUUCGCGCUUGAGGGCAGGGAAGACUGUCUUCGAAUGGAUGCAGGAUUACAAUGUGCGAGGUCUGGGUAUCGACGCGCGACGAUUCACCAGCUUUGGGGUGAUCAAGGGCUUCCUACGACGUGUACAUCGCUGGCCCGUACUCCUCGACGACGGCCCAUCCACCACCCAACCCCAAACAGCAACCCCACCUACCACUGGCCGCAGACGCUCAAUGAGCAUACCCACGCCCAACAUAUCGGUAACGACAUCGACACCCACCGCAAGCCCUCUCGUCACCCAAACACCAACCCGUCUUCCUCUCCGCCACGUCCGGCGCCCAUCAGACGCCACCGUCCCACUCGCGUCCGUGAGCGCAACAUCCGCGUCGGCAUCGCCCGUGGAAACGCGUAUGCCGCCGUUGCCGGCUACUCCGAGUGCAGCGGAGGUUUCGCUUGGAAGACAGCUCGGCCAGCGAAGAGUGACGCCGACUACGCCUCCGCGUAAAGGCCGCGAGUCGCAAGGCCGGCGUAAUACGCUGACCAGCGGCGACCCGGUUCGCCCACGUCCAUCACGCUCGCCGAGUAAUCCUGCACCGGUACCUCAACCGCUCUUUCCGCCUGCACUCCCGGCAUUGCUGGACGGCGAGCACCAUACAGACGAGCUAUGCACGCUGUUCAGCGUAGGAUGGCCGACGCUCGAGAGGUGGCUCGCGUUGAUUGGCGGGGGUAAGGGAGAGGGAGAUCUCGGGAAGGUGUUGAUAAUAUAUAGGUGA